CCCUCCCGGGUUCCCAGUCCCCGGGCACACCGCGAGAUAUAAAGCAGUCGGGGAAACAAUGCGCCUGCAGCUCGCGCUCCCGCGUCCAUCCCUGGAGCGUCCGGGCCGCCGUGCGCGAGCGAGGCAGGGGGCGGGCACGCGGGGGGCGCGCUCGUGAGUGCGGGGCCGCGCGCUCGGUGGCGCGCAUGUGUGUGUGUGCGGGCUGCCGGGCUGCCCCGAGCCGGCGGGGAGCCGCUCCGCUCCAGGUGGCGGGCGGCGGGAGCGAGGUGAGGCUGCGGGUGGCCGGGACGCGGGUCCCCUGGGGGCGGGCAGGCUGCGGAGCUGCAGGCUGCCUUCCAGGCACCGCACGCCCCCGCCCGGCCCGGCCGAGCCCCGGGAGCUGUGCUCCGGGCGGUGCUGGCAAAGUUUGCUUUGAACUCGCUCCCUGCAGCCUGGUCAGCGCGCAGAGAGCCGCUGCCCCGGGCGCUCCGACCCCAGGCCAGGCUUCCGGGGACCAGAGGGCAGGGCGCGGGCUGCCAGCCGGCGUAUCUGGGGAGGGAUCGGAGCCCCGCAGCCGGCUGCGGCAAGGGAUUCGGAGCCUCGGCUUCUCGCGGCGGGCACCGCAGACAGCACGUCCCCACUUCCCUCCCGCAGGGAGCGGACAUGGACUUCGACUCGUACCAGCACUAUUUCUACGACUAUGACUGCGGUGAGGAUUUCUACCGCUCCACGGCGCCCAGCGAGGACAUCUGGAAGAAAUUCGAGCUGGUGCCGUCGCCCCCCACGUCGCCGCCCUGGGGCUUGGGUCCUGGAGCCGGAGACCCAGCCUCUGGGAUUGGGCCCCCCGAGCCGUGGCCCGGAGGGGGUGCCGGGGACGAGACGGAAUCUCGGGGCCACUCGAAAGCUUGGGGUAGGAAUUAUGCUUCCAUCAUCCGUCGUGACUGCAUGUGGAGUGGCUUUUCCGCCCGGGAACGGCUGGAGAGAGCGGUGAGCGACAGGCUCGCCCCUGGCGCGCCCCGGGGGAACCCGCCCAAAGCGCCCGCCACCCCGGACUGCACUCCCGGCCUGGAAGCCAGUAACCCGGCGCCCGCCACCCCCUGUCAGCUGGGUGAGCCCAAGACCCAGGCCUGCUCCGGGUCCGAGAGCCCCAGCGACUCGGAAGGUGAAGAAAUUGAUGUUGUAACGGUGGAGAAGAGACAGUCUUUGGAUAUACGGAAGCCGGUCACCAUCACAGUGCGAGCAGAUCCCCUGGACCCCUGUAUGAAACACUUCCACAUCUCUAUCCAUCAGCAACAGCAUAACUAUGCGGCCCGUUUUCCUCCAGAAAGUUGCUCUCAAGAAGAGGCUCCUGAGAGGAGUCCCCAGGAAGAGACUCUGGAGAAAGAAGCUCCCAAGGAGGAAGAGGAAGAAGAAGAGGAAGAAGAGAUUGUGAGUCCCCCACCUGUAGAAAGCGAGGCUCCCCAGUCCUGCCACCCCAAACCUGUCAGUUCUGAUACUGAGGAUGUGACCAAGAGGAAGAACCAUAACUUCUUGGAACGAAAAAGGCGGAAUGACCUCCGCUCCCGGUUCUUGGCUCUGAGGGACCAGGUACCCACCCUGGCCAGCUGCUCUAAGGCCCCCAAAGUAGUGAUCCUAAGCAAGGCCUUAGAAUACUUGCAAGCCCUGGUGGGGGCUGAAAAGAAGAUGGCUACAGAGAAAAGGCAGCUCCGGUGUCGGCAGCAGCAACUGCAGAAAAGAAUUGCAUACCUCAGUGGCUACUAACUGACCAAAAAAGCCUGACUUUUCUGUCUUAUAGGCGCAAGUUUAUUUUUCAACCUCCCUCUCCCUUUUAGUAAUUUGCACAAUUUGGUUACAGCGGGGCAGUCUGAACAGAUCCCAGAAUGCAUUGCAGCCGGUGCACACACAAUAAGGGCUUGCAUUCUUGGAAACCUUGAAACCCAGCUCUCCCUCUUCCCUGACUCAUGGGAGUACUGUGUCCUCUCUGGCGCCUUUGCUUCUCAGCAGGCAGCUGACUGAGGAGCCUUGGGGUCUGCCUAGCUCACUAGCUCCAAAGAAAAGGCUGACAGAUGCUAUGCAACAGGUGGUGGAUGAUGUCGGGGGCUGCAGCCUGCAUGAAAUCUCACACUGUGUUGGAGCUUUAGGCUAGGAAAAGAUGUUGCUCCCACUGGUGUCUCUGGGGGUGAUGCAAGGACAGCUGGGCCCGGAUGCAGUCCCUGAGGCUCCUUUUUCCAGGAGACACAUGAGCUGUCCUGUUGAAGACAAACUCACAGACUUGAUCAGCGUGGACCAUACCUCACUGUCAGACACUUUACAGUAGCUGAGGAGUGGAAACAUUUAAGAUGUAUUAGGAUGUAGGGCCACACCCUUCCCCCCACUCUCCAUGCUAAGACUUUGAGAACAUUUAAAGAGCUUGGCCUGUAGAUUCUUUGUCUCAGAGCCCUCUGGGCCUUCCCAGAGAGGGACCUUUCUGUCCUCACAAGGGACUUUUUUGUUUCUCUCUGCCUUUGUUAUGCAAUGGGCACUGUGGAACCCUUUCCCACAGAUCAGAAAUAUUUCUUUAAGACAUAAGGAAAUGGGUCCUGUCCUGGGGCCUGAGGAAGGGUUGAAGUCCUGGCUCAUGAACUUGUUUCCUUGCCCAGGUGUUUUCAGUGGGCCAUUUGAGGCCCAUCUUGGAACCUUUUCUCAAGGUAGACAUAAGGCACCUCAGAAGGAAGUGCUAUAGCACUUCCUCUUUCCUACCUGCCUCUCAUCUCAAUUCUUGACUCUGAAGUUUUGCUGGAACCCUGCAGACCUCUCCUUCUAAAGUAACUCGAAGGAGAUUGCUGGCUCUGCAGCCAUCAGCCUGGUUCCCUGCCAGCCUGACGUGAGUCAGAUCCUUUUCCCAGAAUCUGGGCUUUACUGAGAUUUUCAAAGGAGAGCCACUUGGAUUGAUCUAGUGCCCCAGAAGGUGGACUUACUUCUGGAGGGUUGUAAGGGUACCUCUAGGAGCUCUACUUAGCCAACCAUGAUAGAUGUUGCCCCAGCUGGUCUCUACAGCUCCAGAUGGGAUCUAGAUACAGCCCUCAUUCUAGGCAAGCCACCCAGCCUGGCAGCAGUCAUGUGGGCAUCCUCAAGAACUCCUAAGCCUUGCCUGGAAGAACCAGCCCUUCCAGAACUUUUCCCAGGAAGGCAGAUUCCUGAUGGACUUGGGUUUGGAAGUAGGUAUGGGGGUGGUGACAGUAAGUAUUGUCCAUGAUAGUCUCUCUAGGGUUGCUUCUGGCCUGGGAGAGCCCUGGUGGAAGCCUUGGAAAUAGCUGUUGUUACCUUCUGGAGCAGGAUUUUCAGUCACCAACAGACUUGUAGAAAUGUCUGUAGAGGACAAGUAUGGAACAGGCUACUGAGUUCUUAUCUGAAUAGCUUGUGUUUUAUAAGCUGCUGCUGGAUGAUAUGCUGGGGGAAUCUUUUUUUUUUUAAUACUGUAUUUUUGUAUACCUUUUGCAAAGUGGUGUUAACUGUUUUUGUACAAGAAAAAAAAAAAAAAAAAACCAACUCCUGUUGCAAGGGUCUCAUUUAUUUUGAAAGGCAAGUUUACCUAAAAUUUUGUAUUUAGUUGUGGUUACUGAUUGCUUGGUUUUAAACU